GUGGCAACCAGGUCCGUGCGAAGAAGGCGCCCGGAUGGUCGAGGUCAGGCGUUCCCCCUUCACCUGGAUGACGCAUCUCUUCGACGUCCACAACAUCCACUUGCAUACCACCGUUCUCAGUUUGCGUUACACACCGCGUUCAGCAUCGCGCUCGCGCUUGAGCCCAGGCUCUAGAUCAGCUUAGUCAGCAUUGCGGGGACUUGACGGGGAAUCCAUCGUCUUUUGUUCCAGACGACGACGAAGGCCUGCCAUCUCGACGAUCCCUGUCACUCGUUUGUUCCCCCCAGCCAAUGCACUAGCUAGUGUCCCCCUUAACAUAAGCCAAAAUGUCGGACACUACCACCGCUACGGCUACCACUGAUACCUCGACCGAUUCCCCCACCACCACCACUCGUGAGACCUCGCCGACCACGACCGCGGACCCCACGACUACCACGGAUGAGACCACGACGCAGGAUACUACCAGCGAGGAAACUACUACGGAAGACACCACUACGGAGGAGACCACCACUACGCAGGACACCACCACUUCCAGGGAACCCACGACCACCCAGGCGACCACUACAUCCACCUCUGAUACCACGUCGCAGGAGCAGACGACCACGGAAGACACCUCCACCUCGACGAGCAGCACCCGGUCCUCCUCCACUACUUCCUACUCCGUCUCUACCGACCCCGGCGGUGACACCGUCACCCAGACCGUCGUCGUCCCCGUGACGCCGACCCUCACGCAGUCGCCGACCACCAGCAGCGGCGCGUCUGAUGGCGAUCACUCCUCCGCCUUCUUCGACAACAAGGGUGCCGUAGCGGGCGUCUUCACCGUCGUCGGCCUCGUCGUCGUUGCUCUCCUCUUCCUCGCCGUUAGCAUCAUCCUCAAGCGUCGCCGUGCCAAGCGCUUCGACAAGGAGGUUGAGAAAGCGGCUGCCGAGGCUGCCAUGGCAUCCGCGCCCCAGUUCGACGAUGAGGACUACGACUACCCGGCUUCCUCCACCGGACCCUCUGCGGGGACCCAGCCCUACUCCGACGUGUCCUCGCACGGGACGUAUCAGCAGCAGCCGCUCGCCGUCCCGCCCGAGAGCUACAAUAUGCAGGACAUCCCAGCGCAAGGCGGCUACUAUAACAACCUCGGCGGAGGCGCGUAUGCCGAUAAUCCCUACGCUGUUGCCGGCGCCGCAGGCGCGGCGGGUAUCGGUGUACGCCGCACCCUGUCAGGUGCAGGCUCACCCGAUGCGCAUGAGCCAUACGCGGCUUUCUCUGGCCCGGAGUACUACCAGCACCAGCAGCAAUACCAAGGCCCUGAAUACGGGCAGCAGGUGCACCAGCCGCAACCUGAGUACGCUGCGCAGGCGCCGCCAAACCCCGAGGCCGCGUAUGGCGCGUACGGCGCGCCUGUCGCAGAGCCCCAGGGCCGCCAGCGCACUCAAUCGGUCGCUGGCGGGCGGAGCAUGCUCGACCAUGGUCCGGAUCCGUCGCCGCAGAGCCACAGCGGCGAAAGCUACGCCGCGCACUACGAGGCAGGCGCUAAGCCUACGCACAGCGAAACAAGCGACCUGCCGAACCCAUUCGCAGCGUCGACGCCCAGCGAGGAGGAGAGCGAUGACGAGUCGGACGAUGAGCAGCAGCGACCGAAGGUGCUUAAGGUUGCGAACGAGUAGGCGGGCAUGGUUUUCACGGUGGUCUGACUGUCAGGCCCCUCGUCCUUCCAAAACGACUAGUACCAUCGACAAGAAGUUUACUUCCCCGCUCCCACUGUCUGGUUCUCCAGGACUACUCACCCACCGCUUACUGUGGAUAGUGGAUCUUCCUUCUAUGUUUAUCUGUGCGUUAUUGAAUGGAUACCUCUGUGUUGUCGAUUGGAUACCUCGGCGGGACCUGUUGUGUCGCUACUUUUGUAUCUUACUCGAGCACGCAAUCAUCCUUUUUCCCCUUC